AUGGCUUUGAAUUCAAUAUUAUCCUUAUCAUUUCUCAUACUUUUAUCAUUGAAAAGUACAUCUGGAUAUUAUGUUGUCGUUGAUGCUCAUACAGAUGAAUGUUUUUUCGAAAAAAUAACUGCUGGUACAAGAGUAUUAUUAACAUUUGAGGUCAUCGAGGGUGGUUUUCUUGAUAUUGAUGUGAAAAUCACAGGACCUGAUCAUAAAGAAGUUUUUCGUGGUGAUAAAGAAUCUGGUGGAAAAACAACUUUUUCAGCUCAUAUCGAUGGUACUUAUACAUUAUGUUUUAGUAAUCGAAUGUCAACAAUGACACCAAAAACAAUUAUGUUUACAAUAGAUCUUGGUGAUACACCUAAACUUGAUGUUAGUACUGAUGGUACAGGUGGAAAUGUUACAUCACAUCAUAAUAAACUUGAAGAAUUAGUUGCUGAAUUAUCAACUACAUUAAUGAAUGUUAAACAUGAACAAGAAUUUAUGGAAGUUCGAGAACGUAUUCAUCGUGCAAUUAAUGAAAAUACAAAUUCUCGUGUUGUUAUGUGGUCUUGUUUUGAAGCAUUUAUUCUUUUAGCUAUGGCAUUUGGACAAGUUUAUUAUCUUAAACGAUUCUUCGAAGUUCGAAGAGUCGUAUAA